AUGUGCUUCCCACAAGGGAAUGAUUCGUGGUUUGAGGAUCAAUUGCGUAGGAAAGUAGAACAAGGUGAUGACACUUUCUUUUGGUCGGAUGUGUGGCUUAAUAAUCUGAAACUGAGUGAAAGAUUUCCAAGGCUGUAUUCUCUGUCAACACAAAAGGAGCACUCCAUCAAAGAGAUGGGAUCUUGGCAAAUUGGAACUUGGAGCUGGCACUUUACUUGGAGAAGAGCCUUAAGAGACUUUGAGGUGGAGCUUUUCAAUCAACUAUUGAAUAUUCUGCAAGUAUUUGUCCCAUCCGCGAACACUUCAGAUAAAUGGAUCUGGCUUCCCAACCCAGAGGGAAUCUAUACGGUUCACUCUGCCUAUGCCAGUUUGCUUGCUCUGAGUACCAAUACUGGUGGUGAUGUUUUUAAGAGCUUAUGGUAUGUUCCCUCCCCCUCAAAUGUUUUAGCCUUCACAUGGAAGAUGUUCCAUGACAGAAUCCAAACACGAGACAAUCUGAGGAAGAGACAAGCGAUUCCCUCACAAUCUGACUUACGUUGUCCAUUUUGUGUGUCACAAGAGGAAACCUCAUCUCAUCUCCUCUUCUCUUGCCCUCUAUCAUGGAAUGUUUGGAUGGCCUGUUAUAAGUGGUUUGGAUUUUAUACGGUUCUUCCAAAGGAUGGGAAAGAACAUUUCCUGCAGCAUAUUUAUCCAUGGAGGUCUAAUUCACAAAAACAAUGUGCUUGGGUGGUCUGGACUGCGAUAAUUUGGGCAUUAUGGAACCUCAGGAAUGGUAGCAUCUUCAGGAAUGAUCAAUUGGACAUUGAUAAGGUGCUGGAUGGGAUCCAAUUUAGAUCAUGGAGCUGGCUCAGAGGAAGGAAAAAGGAUUUCCAUUGCUCACUCUAUGAAUGGCAAGUGCAACCAGCUCUUCUUAUUGCUGCCCUGUAA